CACUUCAAGCCGCGUCUGUUUCACUACUUCGACACGUCCAGAGAGUUGUUAGUUUGAAGUUCUUCAUUCCCUGAUUAGUGUGCUCGAUAUAAUGAAACUCCUCAUCUUCGCGAUUGUGUUGGCCAAAGUAUUUGUGACUUCAGAGGCAAUAUUUCCUAUACUUUUUGAUGAUUUUUCGGAUUUCUACGGUCAGUAUUUCGACACGAGCUCAUCAGAAGAAUCCGAAGAGCAGAAGCCUAAUGUGAUAAAGAAUGUAGAAGUGGAAUGCUCCAAUUGCAAUGUUAAAAUCAAGUGUAAAAAUUGCACGGUUACACAAGAAGACGAAGCAUCUUCAGCGGCAACUCCCAGCAGUCAGGAGACUUCAACGCCUCCAUCAUCAUCGUCCGUUCCGGCAGUCUCGACAAGCGAAGUGACCCCAGCCGCCCCAGUCUCGUCCUCAGAAGCACCCGCAGCUCCGCCCGAAAGCAGUACAGAAGGUGACGCCUGAGCUUCAGGCAUUGAUAUCAUGACGCAGAGCCAGAGAUCGCACGCGAGAGCGACAAAAGCCCCCCAAUUUAUGGUCCUUGAACAAUAAAUUUUUGGUCUAUUUGCC